UGGAUGGUGGUGGGGGGUGGUGGUGGUCCCACACUUCAAGGUGGCCUCCAGGGGCCCGCGGGCCUUGCAACAAAGCGAAAGCAUCGAUCGGCGUGCUGCCGUGGGCUCCUCACGACAAGAGAGAUUCCAUCGGCGGUGGAAUCGUCCCGCCCAGCCAAGGCGUCUCCCCCCAGCAAUCGGAUUCGCCUCUUUCCCCUCGCCGAUGGCGUCCGUGCCGUCGCCCGCCGCCGCUUCGGCGCUGCUCCGCUGCCGCCUGCUCCGUCCUCCUCGUCCGCCCCGCAAGCGAAGUGGAGACUCGGCCCCUUCGACGUCCACCUCGGCCGCCUCGUCCACCUCGUCGCUCUGCUCGUACCUCUCCUCCUUCUCGCUGUCGCUCUCGCUGCGGCCUCACGGCGACCGCGCUCGGGCCCCCCGCCUCGCCUUGUCUCUUCGCCUGCCUCGGGCCUCCUCGGCUGGCGCGGCCCGAGAGGGAGGAGGGGUCGGGGUCGGCGCGGCCACGCGGCUGCUCCUCCUGCCGGGCCUCGCGCUGAGACUCGGCGGCGGUGGUGGAGGUGGUGGUGGAGGUGUCGCUGGCGGCUGCCGUGGACGCUGUGGAGGAGACGUCGACUCGCUUCUGGACGAGAUCGCCGAGGUGAAGAGGCACGUGGAGGAGGCGGAGCUGUGCGGGAGCGCGGCGGCGGCGCGCGCCGCCUGGGCCCGCGCCGACGACGUGAGUGGGAGGUUCCGCGCCGCGCUGCGCCGCGCGGGCCCCGGCGAGCGCCACCGCAUGGAGCUGCGCGUGGGGCCCCACAUUCAGCAGCUGCGGCGGAGGAGCGCGCCCGGCGCCGCCUCGGCGAAACCCCCACGCCACGACGACGGCAGUUAGUCCACGUGUACGACCGCGAAGACAGCGGCGGCGGCGGCGGGAGCGGGGCUGCUGCUGCUCCGCUAUAUACAGCCGCUGCCGUUCAACGAUAUUGGCUUCAGGGUUCACGGCACGUGGUAGAGGUGCAGCCGUUGCAAGUGUUUGCUCGUGUUGCUGCUGCCAAAAGGCCGCCACUAGAGGGAGCUCCAGCGAGAGUGCUUUUAGAGUAUUUUUUUGGCGUACUCUCACGCCAUCCGGACGUCUUGGAGGAGAGGUGGGAGUACCCACACUUUAACCCACCACACGUGACCUGCCGGUCGACUAACUGGUGUACCCAUAUUAUACUCCCGGGUUCACAGGAGGCGGAUUUAAGAAAUGCGCCGAUUCCUUCAACUGCCACGCCGGGAGAUCGAACCGGUCACCUGUGGAUUCAGUAUUGCAGAAGGAUGUGAUUGUGGGUGCAUGCGUGUAUGGGAAAAAAGGGGGGUGAUAGGGUCGGGGAUGGAAUUAUUAGGGCUAUUGAUUGGUUGCUGCAUCCUUUUUCAGUGUCUACGUCAUGCACUGUGGUGCUCACAAAUCCUUCAUUUCAAGGGACUGCAGUAUUCUCUGCACGCCGCUCACACGGAUAAAGUUGACGGGGCGGGCGAAAUGUUUGUAUGCGAGUUCGCCUUGAUCAGCUUCGCACUACAGCAACGAAACCUGGUAGAUGUUAUGGUGCCAUUGCAGAGGGCGCUUGCUAACUCUUAUACUUUGCGACAACAAUCUCCAUUCACCACUAAGCGGCGGUGACGUCACCACAGCGCUUGUGCCAUGCUAGGUGCACUUUGAGGCCACGUGAAGUAUGUAAAGCCGGCAGGCAGGAGGUCACGGAACAGACCCAGGUACCGUGGGUUGACGAAGAUGGCUGGCAGAUGCACCAACUGUGCUCCCCGCUGUGCGAACUGCAUUUUAGACGCCCUAAGCUCCGCUUGUUGUCGUGAGCAUCGUUUCUCUAGCCUCCUUUGUUGCUGGAGGGCGACUGCUUCCAACUCCCAGCGUAAUUUACGAACUUCCACACAUCAUUACACAUAUCAUUACACGGUGCUCUGCAAAGUCGACUGGCAACAGUGAUUUAAAUUUGAGUUGGAGAGCGACACUUGUAAGACUCGAUUAGCUGAGCCUUCUUAUCCCGGAGUUUGUUGAAGGAUCUCAAGGUUAUGUGGAAUCCCUCCCCGUAGAGGCGGUUAAAUUUCGAUUUAAAGCUUUCG